AUGGAUGAGCUCAGCUCAGUUGCGGAAAUUAAUGAUCCUGACCUUAGAUGUAUUUCUGAGACCUGGCUAGAUCCCAGCAUAUACGAUGGAGUUAUAUCUAUUGGAUCUAACUAUACUCCGUACCGAAAAGAUAGAGGAACACCUGGCGGCGGUUUAAUUACUUAUGUUAAAACUGUAAUACCUUCUAGCCGCUUGUUUGACAUGGAAGAGGAAGGCAAAGAGGCUCUGUGGCUAUUGUUGAAACCACAAAGACUUCUAAGGCCUUUCAGUUGCAUUGUUAUGGUUGCAGUCUAUUAUCCCGCAGGUCAAGCAGCUAUAAAUGAGAUAACUAUGAUUGAUUAUCUUAUUAAUGGAAUCGACUUUAUUCUACAAAACUAUCCUUCUGCUGGAAUUAUAAUCGCUGGAGACUUUCACAAAAUGAAAUUAGGAACAUUAUGUAAUUGUUUGAUUUGA